AUGUACCAAGAGCACUACAAUGCUCUCUUCUCCAUGGACUUUGUGGAGACCAAGUACCCACAUGAUGACACAAUGAAGGCCCUUGGAAUCUUUGAGAUGUGGAGUUGGUCUCAAGAACAUGCACUUGGCCAAGUUCUUCUCUUACCGCAUGGAGUCUACAAGGAGCUCACUUGUGAGUUUAGCUUCAAUGAGGUCCAAGGCUGCUCAGAUCAGGAGCCCAGUGUUGAGAUAUGUGCACAAGGCUUGCCAACACCUUCUUUGCAAGGAAGGCACGGGACAAUCAAUGAGGGAGAAGUGAAGCUCCUUGACAUGGGAAUCAAGCCCAUCAUCUCACGCACAAGGAUGGCAAGAGGAUCAGGGGAGAUAGAUCACAGGGAACUCAUGCCUCCUUGA